UGGGCGGAGGAAGUGGAGUAAAAGCGAGGCUGCUGGAGGUGUGUGUGUGUGUGUGUUGGUAGGAAGAGAAACGAGUUGGGAGUGAAAACAUCAAGGUGAGCGGCAGCAAUCCAGGAGGUAAGAAUAAUAUUAAUUUUUUCUUUUACCCCGUGAACAUGGAGCCGAGUAAACUGACUCAAAGUCUGGCUGCAGCUGGCCAGUCUCAUCUGCUGGACUUCUGGGACCAGCUCAGUCCUGAGGAACAAGCCGAGCUGACUCGUGAGCUGGAGGCCAUGAACUUCCAGGAGAUCAACUCCUUCUUUAAGAACGCCAUGGAGACCUCUGAUCAGACCAAGCAAGAGAAGGUGGACGGCAGGAUGGAGCCGGUUCCACGCGAGGUCUUGGGUAGCGUGACACGUGACCGCGAAUGUCUCAAAGAGUGGGAGAAGGAAGGUUUGCGAUGCAUAUCUCAGAAUAAAGUGGCAGUUCUGCUCCUGGCUGGAGGUCAGGGAACCAGGCUGGGGGUCACGUACCCGAAAGGCAUGUAUGACGUCGGCCUGCCCUCGCACAAAACCCUGUUUCAGAUCCAGGCCGAGCGCAUCGUCCGACUGGAGCAGCUCGCGAAGCAGCAGUACGGCACAGAGUGCUGCAUCCCAUGGUACAUUAUGACAAGCGGCAGAACGAUGGAGUCCACUGAGAAGUUCUUUUGCAAACACCAGUACUUUGGCCUGAAGAAAGAGAACGUCAUUUUCUUCAAGCAAGGCAUGCUUCCUGCCAUGGACUUCAGCGGCAAGGUCAUACUCGAAGGCAAAGGCAAACUCUCCAUGGCUCCAGACGGCAACGGAGGACUUUACAGAGCGCUGGGCGUGUACAAGAUCGUGGAGGACAUGGAGAAAAGAGGAAUCGGCUACAUCCACGUCUACUGCGUGGACAACAUCCUGGUGAAGGUGGCCGAUCCUGCUUUUGUAGGGUUUUGUGUGCAUAAGGGAGCAGACUGCGGUGCCAAGGUGGUGGAGAAAACCAAUCCUACUGAGGCAGUGGGCGUGGUCUGUAAAGUCGAUGGGUGGUACCAAGUCGUAGAGUACAGCGAAAUUACACUAGCGACGGCAGAGAAGCGCAGCGCCGACGGACGACUCAUGUUUAACGCCGGCAACGUGGCCAAUCAUUUCUUCACCCUUUCCUUCCUCAAAGACGUCGUCAAUACCCAUGAGCCUCAGCUACAGCACCAUGUGGCUCGGAAGAAAAUCCCCUACGUGGACGCACAAGGCGAGCAGGUCAAACCCGAAAAACCCAACGGAAUCAAGAUGGAAAAAUUUGUGUUCGACAUCUUCCAGUUCGCCAAGAGGUUUGUGGUGUAUGAGGUGCUGAGAGAGGAUGAGUUUUCUCCGCUGAAGAAUGCAGACAGUCAGGAUGGGAAGGACAAUCCCACGACCGCACGCCACGCCCUCAUGUCCCUGCAUCACCGCUGGAUCCUCAACGCUGGUGGGCAUUUCAUCGACGAGAACGGAACCCGUGUGCCUGCUAUACCCAGACCUGGACCAGCAGGGGCUCUCCCACCCGAUGGCAGCCAGAAUCUGAAGGAUGGAACUGACCUGCCAAUUAAAUGUGAGAUCUCUCCACUUGUGUCCUAUGGAGGAGAGGGGUUGGAGAAACUGGUGCAGGGAAAAGAAUUCCACCCAGCUCUGAUCAUCGACGAGACUGGAAUCCAUGAGCAUGUCAAAAACGGACUGUGAGCCAUGAGAUCAAUAUCUGAAAACCGAAGCCGUUUUCCCCUCUCCUCCUUUCUCCCUUGUUCUGUCAGGCUGGGAGACAAUGUGACAUACAGUGCAAUAAGAUGAAGGAAUGAGGCUUUCAGGGGCCUUGUCUAAUCCAAAUCAAUCUAUUUAUUUUUGCAAAACUUAUUUUUAUAUAAAUGCUGGUUUUGUCCUAGAAUAGGAACAUGCAUGAAUGUAAUAUAAUGUAAUCAGAAUGGUACGUGGGUUAAUCUGUAUGAUCAGCACCAAGGCAUUUUAUCCAGCCUUUGUUCAUAGCGUGAAACACGUAAAUGUUUCCCAGGACACCGAGAAAGUGAAGAUCAAUAGCCAAGGCUCUUUAUACCACAUUCUACACCUUCCGGGGUGUGUGGUUUUUUUUUUUUUUUUUUUUUUUAAAACCAUGAUAUUCUGCCCUCCUGCAGCUCCACACAGCUAUACUGGAACAGUACAGUUCUAGAGGUAGUAAUGAAGAUCAGUAUAGACUCUGAGGACUUUACAUGGUGAACAUGUUCAUGAACAAAUCAAACCGAACUGGAAGAAAUCAGAUUUCUAAGAGAUAUUGUCAAUAUUUUCAAAAAUGUACAAUAAAUACUUCUGAAACUCUUGA